AUGAGACUCCCCAGAUGGGCCCAGGCCAUUCCGAAACAUGCCACGAGGCGGAACGUCAUGACGACUUGCCGAGGCUCCACGAUCGGCCUUGAUCAGCUUCAACGGUACACAAAUGGAUCAUUCCUGAUCAACGAAGCCACCGCGCUCAAGCGACGCCACCUGAACUUCAAUGUCAAUGAGUUGUGCUCUCUUGCCUCCAAAAUCGGGAGCAAACCAGCUGUCCACGAGAUUGAGAAGAUGGAAGGUGGCUUCAGUAAAGCACUUUUACUCAAGAAGACAGACGGGAGCGAGCUGAUCGCCAAGCUUCCGUUCAAGAUUGCAGGGCCGCCGCACUAUACCACUGCUUCCGAGGUCGCCGUCCUCCGUUACGUCCGCCAGCACACCGAGGUGCCAGUACCCAAGGUCCUGGCCUGGAAUUCUGAUGUUUCGAACGCCAUCGGAUCCGAGUACAUCAUCAUGGAGAAGGCGCCUGGCGUGCAGUUGAGCAAAGUUUGGGCCAACAUGCCUGACUACGAUCACUUCGUAUUCAUCAAGAACCUUUGCGCGCUCGAAUCUGAACUUGCUGCCAUCGAUUUUCCUGCGCACGGAUCUCUAUAUUUGCGGGAGUCAUUGAAAAGUAGCGACAGCUCAGUGCUCCUCAAGCCUUCCGCAGAUCCAGAUGGCCGUUUCUGCAUAGGUCCUUCUUGCGAUCCUGCAUGGGAUGAAGCAAAAAGUUUCGUAGGAGAGAAGGGUCCAUGGUCCGACCUCAGAGCUUUUGGCAAAGCUCUCGUGCAUCGUGAGAUGUCCUGUAUCCAGCGUACAUCCGCCACUCAGGAAUCUGGCUCGCUUGCCUCAAAAAUUGCCACUCUUCGACUAGCCGAGGAAGUGGUGACACGUAUCGGUCCCAACAGUCUACCAGCACGAUUUUCAAAGCCAACGUUAUGGCAUACCGAUCUCCACCUCGGCAAAAUUUUCGUCUUUGAAGAAGAUCACACCAAGAUCGUCUCAAUUAUAGACUGGCAAUCAGUAGUGGUAUCACCUCUUCUAUACCAAGUCCGCUUCCCAACAUUCCUCGAUGUCCCCGAAGACUAUGAGAUCGGAGGACCCGUACCGCAGCGGCCGAACAAUCUCGAUCAGAUGGACGAAGACGACCGGAUACUGGCCGAGUAUGAGCACAAGCAAGCUUGCAUGGCCAAAGCUUACGAGGCCGCCAGCGGCUUCAAGAACAAAGAAGUCUACAAAGCCCUCAAGCUGCCAUCUUACUUCAAAGACCUAUUCGAACGCUGCGGAGAAGCGUCAGAAGAGGGAAUCGUGCCACUGCGUGCCUGUCUCAUUGAAAUAUCGAAAGUUUGGAAUGAGUUCGAUCUGGAGGGGGAGUGUCCGAUCGAUUUCACUGCAGAAGAGCUGGCAGUCCACGAACGCGAGUUCGAAGAGUAUGAAAAAGUUCAAAAGAUCCACGCUAUCACGCGGGACUAUCUGGAUACAGACUCCGAAGGGUGGCUACCGCCUGGCACAGAUGUCGAGCUCAAAAGACGGCAGAACAAAGAGCUGAUGGAACUGAUGAUGGAAAGAAGCGGCGAGUAUGGGAUGACUGCUGAUGAGGUGCGAAGGAAAUGGCCAUUCUAGUUCCCUCCGGAGGUUGUCAGACAUCUACGAACGACG